AUGCUGCUGUCAUCUGUUCAGGUGUUGGAUGAGCUGAAACAGAGAGAACUGAGAAACUCUGAAAAAGAAGAGAAAAUCCAAGUGAAGAAGAAAACAAUUGAUCUUCUGCCAGAUGCAGAUAAUAACCUGCUGAAGCUUCAGGGUCUGGUAGAGGCCAGUGCCAAGCGAGUAGUGAACUUGGCAUCUCAGUGGGAGAAACACCGUGCUCCACUCGUUGAUGAAUAUCGCAGACUCAAAGACAUCUGCAGCAGCAAAGAUGUGGAGUCGUCCAAGAAGCUGUCUGAAAUCAAGUCUUUGCAUGAAAAGAUCCGUGUUUCUACAGAGGAGGCCAAGAAGAAGGAAGAUGCAUACAAACAGCUGGUAACAGAGUUAGAAAAUCUUCCUCAAGAUGUGUCUCGGUCAGCGUACACUCAGAGAAUUCUAGAGAUUGUCAGCAACAUCAAGAAACAGAAGGAGGAAAUUACAAAGAUUUUAUCAGACACUAAGGAGCUCCAGAAAGAGAUCAAUAAUCUGACUGGAAAACUAGACAGGACAUUUGCUGUGACUGAUGAGCUGGUCUUUAAGGAUGCCAAAAAAGAUGAAACUGUCCGCAAAUCCUACAAGUACCUGGCAGCCUUGCAUGAAAACUGUAAUCAGCUAAUCCAAACCAUUGAAGACACCGGUACAAUCCUGAGAGAGAUUCGAGAUCUAGAGGAGCAGAUUGAGACAGAAAACGGUAACAAAACUGUGGCGAACCUGGAGAGGAUUCUGGAAGACUACAAAGCUAUUCGACAGGAGAAUGCUUCACUCGCUGCCAAAGUCAGAGAAGGAUGAAAGAGGCCCUGGACAGCUCUGCUUUAUGAGGCUAAAGUGAAAACAUGAAUGGGACUGAAACAGCACUUCAGUUGUCACACUUAGAUGUUUGUCCAUUAACAUGGAGACCCACUUUUCUUUGAAAAAGACAAAGUGUGCUUUGGACCACAGAAACUCUGUUAUUGAAAUGUGUGCCAUGGAUGGACAAAUAGGUCGGUAGAUGGAACAUGUUGAAUUUGUAUUUGGUGUGCCUGGGGGAUGAUUGUUAUGCAUUCAACUGAAACACGACACUGGGCAGCAGCAGGUGCUGUCAUUUAUAACGAUAUAUGAGACAUCAUGAGAUGUUGUGAUUGAAAUUUAAUGUUUUCCUUUGACAUUUUAAAACACAAGUAACCUUUCCAUUUUCAGACCUUCAGUCUAUAAGUUGUCAUGAUUUCAUGUUAAGUUGAGCGAAUGGCAUUUAAAUGUAGUUAAUCUGUCGUCCAUCAGCAAAUUGUUGUAUAUAUGGUACCAGCCUAAAUAAAGAUGCCUUACAUGCUUGAA